AUGAAUUUCAAUUGUGAGUCUAUACAUGCUAUGAAGACUUACAUCUAUAGAAAAGCCAGGUUAACAAGUUCGACACUGAUCAGCACUGGGGUAUUAUUCUUUUUCGUUCUUUCUUCUAAGAAAUUGUAUAAACAGAGAUACAGACCUAUUUUGGAAUACCUUACUAUCCAUUUUGAAGAAUCAAGAGGUGCCCCAAUCCCUGCCUCUUUGACAAGGCAUCAGCAGUACAAUUUGCCUGCGUGUGUGCUGGGAGUUACUUCUGUAUCUGUAAUUCUCUUACCUCUUGGGCGAUGGUACAUAGAUCCAGUUCAUGAACAUAGCAAAAAUUCGAAACAUUGGAUCCCAUCUUAA